AUUGUCGCUAAUACGGGUCGUCGUUGAAGCUGUACUUAUAUCCUGUAGCUGUUUGCAGCGUGCUGUCUUUUUGUUCCUAGUUCCUGUUUCCUGGUAUCCUGUUUCCUGUCGCCUAGUUCCUGCGCUGCAGUGUUCGCCAUGGGUCGCCUGGAUGGCAAAGUGAUUGUGUUGUCAGCCGCCGCGCAGGGUAUCGGACGUGCUGCCGCAGUGGCCUUUGCAAGGGAGGGAGCUCAAGUCACUGCAACCGACAUUAAUGCAGAGAAGCUCAAGGAGCUGGAUGGCAUUCAAGGAAUAAGGACCAAAGUGGUGGAUGUGACCAAGAAAGACCAAGUGGAGGCCCUGGCCAAGGAACAUGACCACGUCGAUGUCCUGUUCAAUGUCGCAGGGUUUGUGCACCACGGCUCCAUCUUGGACUGUGACGAGGCCGACUGGGACUUCACCAUGGACGUCAACAUCCGGAGCAUGUACCUCAUGUGCAAGACUUUCCUGCCCCAGAUGCUGGCCAGGAAGUCGGGGAACAUCAUCAACAUGGCCUCGGUGGCGUCCAGCAUAAAAGGUGUGGUGAACCGGUGUGUGUACAGCACCUCCAAGGCGGCCGUGAUCGGCCUCACCAAAUCCAUAGCUGCCGAUUUUAUCGAGCGAGGCGUUCGCUGUAAUUGCGUUUGUCCCGGCACUGUUGAUACGCCAUCACUAAGGGGUAGAAUCCAGGCCCAACCUGACCCAGAAAAGGCUUAUAAGGAUUUCAUGGCCAGGCAGAAAACGGGGAGGAUGUGCACAGCCGACGAGGUGGCUCACCUGUGCGUGUACCUGGCCUCUGAUGAGUCGGCCUAUGUGACUGGCACCGAGCACAUCAUCGACGGAGGAUGGAGGCUUUAAGGAACACGCAGCAAAGCUUUGUCCUGUUAGUUAUGGCUGUUCUUAUUAAAAUGGACGUAUGGAUCAA